AUGAUUCGCUUCAAAUUUGACCCCAUUGACGCUGAGUUCAAAAUAGUCCGCACAGAGGCAUGGUCUUUGCAUAACUGCAUCCUGGCUCUUUCAUCUGACAACAUGUAUCUCGUAUCUGCUACCACUUCGCGCAUGUUUGAUCUCCGAAUAUUUGAAACCAAUUUCAACACCUCUGAUGAUGAUGCCUUGCGCUACUUUUAUGUGUAUUCGACGUGGGAUUUUGCAGAUAUGCGAGAACGAGGCCUUUUUAGUUGUAUAGAAUUCGGUAGCGAUGGGUAUUUCGCUGUAGGAUUCACCCAAGGCCACGUCAGCAUUUUCGAGAUGGUAGGUUCCGAGGGGUCGAUACAUCGGAGGGGCGCCUCUGAAACACCAGGCGAGGUUCUCUCACUUGCCUGGAUCUCGGACAUGCGCCUUUUGAUCGGCACGGAAAAUGGAAUUUAUAUCGCUAACCUCGAAGGCACCGUUGACUGGAUUGGGAAGAAGAGACUUUUGGGCGACCGAGAGUACUGGCUACAUUUUAUAGAUGAGACGACAGGAAUUUACGGGACAUCGAACGGCCGUGCUCAUUAUUGUAAAGUUGAAGAGGAUCGUGUAAUCCCGAAAAGGGAACGUUCUACUGUCGCCUCACACUUUCCUGAGGACGCUUUCUCGACAUAG